ACCGCCGCUCGCUGUCAAAACCCAGCCCAGCAGAGAGCAGACCAGUCGACUCAGUCACGAGCAGCCAAAUCCCAAGCCAACCCACACACCUCACCUUCCUCCCUCCUCCUCACCACACACGCUACACGCCACCUCCUCCCCGAUCCCCUUCCCCUCCCCCGAGAGCAGCCCCCACGUGACCCGGAUCCGACCGCGCCCCCGGCCUCGUCCCCCGUCCACGGCCGCGCCGCCCAAUUCGCGGCAAUUCCUCGAUUCCGGCCCGGCCGCAAGCAAGGCCUGCGAGGGCAGAUCCAUGGAGCUGAGCCGGCCGCCGCGUCCACUCUAGCGCAUCGCGAGGAGCUCCUGGUCUCGUCGCUCACCGAGAAUUCUCCCACCGUUUGGCUCCGCAGCGAUGGCUGCGGCGAUGCACAUGCCGAAUCCUUCCGCGGCCGGUGCCCCAGGAAUCUUUAGCGAUGCACUAUUCCGGGAGCUAUGGCAUGCUUGUGCCGGUCCCCUGAUCACGGUACCCAGACAAGGCGAACGAGUCUAUUACUUUCCCCAGGGUCAUAUGGAACAGCUUGAGGCAUCUACAAACCAGCAGCUUGACCAGUACCUGCCGAUGUUCAACCUACCAUCCAAAAUCCUAUGCAGCGUGGUCAACGUAGAGCUCCGGACGGAAGCUGAUUCAGAUGAAGUUUACGCUCAAAUUAUGCUGCAACCAGAGGCUAAACAAGAUGAGCUCACAAGCUUGGGUCCUGAGCCACAAGAACUCGAGAAAGGCACCAUACAUUCCUUUUGCAAGACACUGACAGCUUCGGAUACGAGUACCCAUGGAGGUUUCUCUGUUCUUAGGAGACAUGCUGAAGAGUGUCUUCCUCCGCUGGACAUGUCUCAGAAUCCACCAUGUCAAGAACUGGUAGCCAAAGAUCUCCAUGGAACUGAGUGGCAUUUUCGUCACAUAUUUCGGGGACAACCUAGGCGACAUCUACUUACAACUGGCUGGAGUGUCUUUGUUAGCUCAAAAAGAUUGGUUGCUGGUGAUGCAUUUAUCUUUCUGAGAGGUGAAAAUGGCGAGUUGCGGGUUGGAGUAAGGAGGCAUAUGAGACAAGUAAAUAACAUGCCAUCAUCUGUCAUAUCAAGCCACAGCAUGCAUCUUGGAGUCCUUGCAACAGCCUCCCAUGCAAUCUCCACUGGGACCCUGUUCUCUGUUUUCUAUAAACCCAGAACAAGUCAAUCUGAGUUUGUGGUGAGUGUUAACAAGUACCUUGAAGCGAAGAAGCAGAACACUUCCGUUGGAAUGAGAUUUAAGAUGAAAUUUGAAGGCGAUGAAGCUCUUGAAAGAAGAUUCAGUGGAACAAUUAUUGGUAUUGGGAGCACGCCGACAAUGUCAACAUCUCCAUGGGCAGAUUCUGAUUGGAAAUCUCUGAAGGUCCAAUGGGAUGAGCCUUCAUCCAUUCUUCGUCCAGAUAGAGUUUCACCAUGGGAAUUGGAGCCACUGGAUGCAGCUAACCCACAACCCCCUCAACCUCCACUUAGAAAUAAGCGUCCCCGACUUCCAGCUUCACCUUCUGUGGUUCCAGAACUUGCUCCCAAAUUUGGACUAUGGAAGUCCCCAGCUGAACCAAGCCAAACCCUAUCAUUUUCAGAGCCACAACAGGCUCGAGGGUUAUUUACUAAUUCACGCUUCUCAUCAUCAUCAAACGUUGCAUUCAAUCAGUUCUACUGGCCAGCAAGAGAAUCAAGAGAAGACUCCUAUGCUGCAAGUACUAACAAAGCCACUGUUGAGCGAAAGCUUGAACCAGCUACUGGUGGUUGCAGAUUAUUUGGAAUUGAGAUAAGAUCUGCUGUGGAAGAAACACAACCUGUGGUAACUGUUUCAGGUGAUGGUUAUGACCAAACAGCUGCAUCUGUAGACGUGGACUCUGGCGAGCUCUCGCAGCCAUCCAAUAUCAACAACUCUGGUGCCCAAGCAGCAAGCAGUGAGCGUGCUCUUCUUGACACCCAAACCCGCCAAGUUAGAAGCUGCACAAAGGUAAUUAUGACAGGAAUGGCAGUUGGAAGAGCAGUGGACUUGACAAAGCUAUAUGGGUAUGUUGAUCUUCACCGCAAGUUGGAGGAGAUGUUUGAUAUACAGGGGGAGCUGUGUUCCACACUCAAGAAAUGGCAGGUUGUUUAUGCCGACGAAGAGGAUGAUAUGAUGCUUGUUGGGGACGAUCCUUGGGACGAGUUUUGCAGCAUGGCGAAAAGAAUAUACAUUUUUACAUAUGAGGAGGCCAAGCAAUUGGCACCAAAGGCCACCAAGCUGAGCCGUGUGAACUCAUCACAUGAAUCAGUGGCUCCGCAGAGUGGCUCAGACUAUCCAGCCUCGUUUGCCAAUGCAGAUUGCUGAAUGCUAAGUUGCUAACUUUUCUCUAAUUAUCGCUCUUUCUUCCUUUGAUCAUUCGGGGAAAAUGCCCAUGAUCAUCCACUCUACUCGGGAGAGCUACUCAUGAUUGCUUCACGGACAAAAGACAUUGUGUGCGUUGCUGUGGUGGGUUUGGUCCUGUAUUAGCAAGGAAUGCCUGGACAUUUCGCGACGUUUCGUUGCCAGUUGGUUUUAUGCGAGAACUGGCGGUGAGCCGCAGUAUGCAUAUUGCCCUAGACCCUGCUUUCGUUGCUUGCUAGUAAAUAGGCGUAUGUAUAUAUUGAUGUUCGGGUAUCUGUACGAAUUGAUGCAAUUCAGCAAUUGUUACUUUUAGCAGCAGCAACCUUUUCGCUAGUGGUGGCGGUGGUUAGUAUGUUUCCUUGUAUCGUGUAUACUUUUCUCCCUCGUGGAAGCCAUCUGUAUAUAUCUAAGUAGUAAAGUUGUGUUUUAUGGUCU